GCUUGAUGACCGUAUCGAUGCAGGAGGCAGUGAUGGUUCACCAGUUUCUCCCUCUUUUGGAGCUGGACUGCUGCAAGGCUCAUCCCUGCGUCAAGCAGCUGCUGCCAAUGUGGCGAAUGAGGACAGCAAUCCCUUCGCCGUCGGAAGUGGGGAAGGGAAUCCCUUUGGGGAAGAGGAUGGGCUGGACGAUGACCACCAGAACGAGAAGCCUGACAGCACCAACCCAUUCAAUAGGUGCACUGUCCAGGAGGGGCAGGGAAUGUCUGGCAACCCAUUCGUUUUCAAGAGUGAGGAGGGUCAAGAAACCAAUCCCUUUGCAGACAAACUUACAAGAAUGGAUGGUGCAAAUCCCUUUGGCGAGAGCGCGGCUAGUGAUUGUGCGAGCUCCUCCUCUGACCAGGACCCAGGCAAUCCCUUCGAGCUGGAUCGCCAGGAUGCAGGUGCGAGUGCUGCGGCAUUGGAGGCAGCACCAGAGCAGCUCCAACAAUUUGGAAGUCCUGCAAGCAUGGUAGAGGAAUCGCAGCACGAUCUUACUUGCUUUGAAAGUCCAGCAAGCUUUGGUGAGGCAGCAAGUGCUUCACGCAAUGCAUUUGUCAGCAGACCUGUUUGCCUCGAUUUAACAGCAGAUUCCACCUCCACCAGCCCCAGAGUGACGUCGUUGAUGCCAGGCGCAGCUCCCAGUCUGGAGAUGUGGCGACGUCCCUCUCCGCGGCAACUUCCGGGUGGACUGGCAGGGUGUCUCUGUGGGCCGGGAAUGUCCAGGGUUGAGCAUGACCUCGACGAAGAGUUGAAGCAAGUCGUUGAAGCACAGUCGCUCGAGGCAGCCAUCGCGGCCAGCGAUGCUUCGAUGUGCAGAGGCCGGUUGGACACUGCGGACAUUAAGAAUUGGAAAUGGCGAGAUCACGCUGCUGAAGAAGGGCACCAAGUGCUACGCAACUGUACACACUCCUUGUCUGACAUGCUGACGGACGAGGAUUGGGGCUACUUCUCAUAUGAGCUGUUGCUGCUCAGUCGCUACUUCCUUCGAGAAGGCAGCCCUGCACUGGACCAGGUGUCCGCCCUGAUUCCUAUAUGCAGAGUACGCCUUGGAAUCAACAGCCAACUGCAUCAUCACAUUGUUGAGCUUGCUAAGCCGACCGGAAACGAGGCUUUCUCUCCGCUGGAUGUUCGAUAUCGUGCAGCACUAUUAUUGAGGUUGUGGAGCAGCUGGGAGGCUUUCGAGUAUGGAACUGUUGCAGAUUCUGGGCGAGACUGGACCCAAAAAUGGAUCUACAUGCAGCUCCGUGUGCUCAAAGGAUGCAUCCUUGAAAGAGCCCUACAGUUGCAUUCAGAGGGACAUGAGGACCUGUCAGCCUGUGGACGCUGCCUGCGCGCAAUCCGCGAAUUGACGGAGGAAGGGUACAUGCCCCUGUUCAUGGGUCGUCCCUGGUCCACCUUUUUCUGUCAUAGAGAAUGCUUUCAAUGGCAUUUGAUAGGAAAUUGA